AUGGUUAUAGUUUUAUAUUUCUUUCUUGAACCAAAAAUUCCUAUCUACAAUGUUGAAAAUCUUGAUGUAAAGAAUUUUGAUCUCCGAAAAGACGAUAAACUACACUCCGACAUUGAUGUUUUUGUGAAAGCAGAGAAUCCAAAUCAGGAAAUUGGUUUGGAUUAUUUAGAAAAUGAAGUUAGCAUAAUUUAUUCAGGGUCUAUAAUUUGCAAAGGGAAAUUUCCUAUUUUCUUGCAACCAGUGAAGAACAUAACCAAUUUUAAUGUGACAUUGAAGGGAGAUAGUGAUUUUGGUCCUGAAAUGCAAAGUCGACUUAUCAUUGAACAAAAGCUUGGACAUAUUCCUUUGUUAGUUGUAGUGAAGCUUCCUAUAAGGCUUGUGAUUAGUGAUUUUUUUCAUCUUAGGAAAUUUGUUGUUAAUGUAAAUUGUUCAUUGGUUAUAGAUCAGCUGCAACACAACAAAAGGCCAAAAAUUCUGAAGAAAGAGUUCACUUAUGAUGUCCAUUUAUGA